AUGGGACAUGAGGAGCAUGGAGGGACUUGGCACAUGGAAGCAGCUCAACUGGAUACGCAAAGGAAGAAGGGAGAAGCCAUCUUGAAGACCAGCUCGACCGUCUACUCGACCAACCGGUCGAGUUCCUCAACUCGACCGGCCAAGCUUCAACUCGAUCGAGCUGAGAAGUGUAUGCGAACUCGAUCGAGUCGGUCUACAGAGGACUUGGUCGAGCUAGACUUUACAACGGGUAGAAAGAAGGUUCAAAGGUCACAGAGGGUACAAGGGGAACCUGAGCUGCUUGUUGCUGAUACAAUGGAUGUACCAGAGGGGAAUGGAAACCCUUUGGGCAAUGGACUCGGUAGAGCUAGGCAAACUCGACCGAUUGGUCAAGGAGAUGCUCCAAACCGCCUCCAACAGCGACAAGGGAUUGUCCCACCACCAGUGCAGAACCACAACUUUGAGAUCAAGCUGGGAAUGAUCAACCUUGUCCAGAACAAGAUGUUCCAUGGAUUGCCAAGUGAAGACCCCAUUGACCACCUUGAUGAGUUUGAUAGGCUUUGUGAUUUGACAAAGAUCAAUGGUGUCUCUGAAGAUGCCAUCAAGCUGAGACUCUUUCCUAUGUCUCUAGCUGACAAAACUCACCAAUGGGAGAAGAGCUUGCCCCAUGGCACAAUCACCACUUGGGAUGAAUGCAAGAAGGCAUUUCUUGCUAAGUUUUUCUCCACCGGUCGCACAGCCAAGCUUAGAGGAGAGAUAUCCAGCUUCAUACAGCGAAACAAUGAGACAUUCGCAGAGGCUUGGGAGAGAUUCAAAGGGCUACACAAGUAUAGGGAGAUGCUAGACACAGCUAGCAAUGGGAACUUCCUCAACCAGGAUGUAGAUGAUGGCUGGCAACUUGUGGAGAACAUAGCUAACUCAAAUGGAAGCUAUGGAGAAGAGUAUGAUCGCACCAAUCGGAGCUCGACCCACCACUCGAUCGAGUCAGACGAAAAUUGA